GAGUGCAUUUCGUUUCGUUCCAUCAGAAACAACAAGAACAAGAAGAAGAAAAGGAGAAAGACAAGUUCUCUCGCUCUGUAGUUUUGGCCUUCGUCUCUGAGGCCUUUACGAUUUUUUUUUCCUUCUUCUUCUGCUCUGUUUGUUUUGGAUUUAUAGAGCUUGACUGUGUGUAAUGUCAAGGAUCUAAUUCGAAGCUUCGUCUCUGUGUUCGUGUUCGUGUUCGGAGAGAAAACCAGAAGCUCGGAAAGAUACAUUCGAGGAGUUUCGGAACGUAUUCCAAGUGGAAUCGGUUUCGAUUUAGUUUGAUGAUUUUGAAAUCUGAUCUCAAUUGACUGAAAUUUUGCAGAGAGAUGAUCGAGAAUUUCAAGCUUAGAGGCACAUUUUCAAGAGAUUUGAGCGGUUUCGUGAAGAAUCCGUACUGAUACAACCAUCGCUGAUUCCUGAUUCAUGAGUGUCAGGGGCGUAGGCUCUGAAUUGGAAUCAUAUCUUUCAUUUUUGGCUGUAGAUUUGCAUUCUGCCUAGUUCUGGUGCUCCAGCAGAGCAAGAUUUCCGAAAGGACGGAAGUUUCUUCUGCGAGUUUAAUCUUAGUAAAUACAGGUGUACAAAAGGAGAUGGAAAGAGACUAUGUGAGGCACGCCAAUAUUAACGACACCAAGAAUUCUAGAGACAGAACCGGAGGGGAUAGCUCACUGCUGUUGAGAUCGAGUCCUGAUAAAACGACGACGUCGGAGUUCGUUUUGCAGUGGGGGAAUCGCAAGCGCCUCCGGUGCAUGAAGAUCCAGGUCAAGGACGACUCCAGUGGUGUCCCGGUUACCAGAACCACGGUUCGGGUAGACCGCCGGGUCAUUCGACCGGACAAGGACUCGUCCAAUCAGCCCUCUACCACCAAUAAUAGUAACGGGUAUUUGAACCUCCGUCAACGACCGUUAUCGCCGCAACAACCACCACCUCAGCGUGUUCUCAGAAACUCGGAGACUUCAAGUGCAGGCAUGAGAGGCCAGAGCAACGGAGCUAUGAGGGGAAUUAUUUCGCCUGACAGGGGCGGCGUUGCGCACGAUAAGAAAGGUACAACUAACAACCACAACCACAAUCAUCACCAUCACCAUAAUGACAAUCAUCACAACCACAAGUCCGCUGCGUCAUCGGAGACGGCGCACGAUAGCAAGAAGGGCGGCUCCUCAUCGGGGAGCGGCGACGCGGCAGCAGCACCGCCGAUGGUGUGGCCGCCCAAGUUCGUGAUUGCCUUGACCAACAAAGAGAAGGAAGAGGAUUUCAUGGCCAUUAAGGGAUCCAAGCUCCCUCAGAGACCCAAAAAGAGAGCAAAGAUCAUCCAACGCACCCUCAAUCUCGUAAGCCCGGGUGCAUGGCUGUGUGAUCUGACGCUGGAACGGUACGAGGUCAGAGAGAAGAAGAUCUCCAAGAAGAGACCGAGAGGAUUGAAGGCGAUGGGCACCAUGGUGGAGUCGGACUCGGAAUAGAGGCAGACUUUAGUGAAAGAAGAGUGUGAUAGCGUAUUAUAGGGUUGUCUUGAUGACGGCAAAAGAUCUUCUGAUCUGAUGAAUUUAGUUUUGUUUAGGGUUUAUAUGAUCAAGAAAUUGUAGAAGUGUGUAAAUCUUUACAUUUUGAAUCAUCGAAUAAUGAACGGAUUCAUUUCCUGUCUUGUAUA